GCUCGAUCCCUUCAACUGAAUUGAUUCCUAUCCUCGCAUACCCUCCUAAAUUAACUAGAAUUCAACAUCAAACCCAUAAUCGAUCGAUCGAGCUCGAUCGACCAUGUCAACGUCGCCAGAAGGAAUCUACGAGCCAGGCAUCGUGGAUCCUGGCCUCCCAGUCCCGAAUCCUACCCAGCCAUUCUGGCUAUCGGAGCCUUCAAAGAUAAGCACGCUCCAGUCCCCAUGGUCUGAGCACGCGGAUAUAGUGAUCAUCGGCUCUGGGAUUACGGCUGCCAGUCUCACCCGCACGCUGUACGCCCAUCGACCCGACCUGAAGAUUGUCAUCGUCGAAGCCCGCGAUCUGUGCUCCGGCGCGACGGGCCGAAAUGGAGGCCACGUUAAAGUCAUAAGUCCGGGUGUCUGGUUCGAGCGCGAGCGAAACUACGGAAGACAGGAAGCGCUCCGUGUGAUGCAGUUUGAGCACAGCCAUCUCGACGCGAUCGCUGCCUGUGUGAAGGAAAACGAUAUCCAAUGUGACUUCCGCCUGUUAGAAGGACUGGACUGCUAUCAUGACGAGGCUACUCUUGGCCGAGCGAAGCGGGCUCUGGAUGAGAUGCGCAAGUCUGUACCGGAACUUGCGGCCAGAUAUACUCUCUAUACCUCGAGGAAGCUGCUUGACGAGCGCCAUUGCUCGGACAAGUGUAUCGGGGCGAUUGGAAUGCCAGCAGCUUCGGUUUGGCCGUACAAGCUGGUCACGGCUCUAUUCGAACGAUUUGUCGAUGAGAACGGACUUUCCGUCCAGACAAACACGUCUGUCACCUCGAUCGAGGAUGAGGACGAUAGCAACGUCGCUACCGUUAGAACAACGCGAGGCGAUAUUCGAGCUCGUCAUGUCGUCCAUGCCACGAACGGCUGGAUGAGCCACCUUGUCCACGAGCUGCAGCCGUUCGUCUCGCCAGUGCGCGCGAAUGUGCAGCGUCAAGUGCCGCAGGGGGCUACUCUACGCGUCAACAGCUCUUUCUGGCUACUCUACGCGUCAACAGCUCUUUCUGGCUUCGCUACGCGGAGAAAGACUAUGACUACAUGAUCCAACGACCCGAUGGAGCGUUUAUCAUAGGCCGAGCCAACACCGGACGCCCAGCUACCAGUGACGACAGCGCAAGAGACCUCCUUCCACAUACCCAUCUCCGCGCCGUCGUCCCUCAGCUAUUUGAUUUCGGGACGGACAUAGUCGAAACCACGCAUGCCUGGAGCGGCUGCGUGGCCUUCACCCAGGAUGCCAAUCCCUUUGUGGGACGCAUACCAUCGCCCAAUAGAAGGCAUCAGUGGGUUUGCGGUGCAUACCAGGGGAUCGGCAUGGUUCGGGCCUUUCGGUCGGCACAGAUGCUUGCAUUGCUGAUUCUGGGACAAGAGAUUCCGGCCGAGUAUCCGAGAUCGUUGCUCCUCACGGACCUGCGAUGGAAGAGCUUGGAGAGUUCGGUCAAAGCGAAAUUGUAGUUACUGUCCUGAGAUUGAGUACUUUGUUGAGAAAAUCCGCAUGUCU